UAGAACCAACACCUUUUUUCCGGGAAAACCCUGUGAAAUCGUUGCCCACGGCUGGUUGGCUGGCUCUAAAACGCUCCGCUUUUGCUCUUGUGUUCUUCCUUCUCCUUAUAUACCUUCAAAGACGGGUUCUCUUUUCCCGGGCGUUCGUCUCUCAGCCACCGCUCAUUCCCUCGAAUCUCGUUCUCUCUCCAAUUCUAGGGUUUUCUCUCCCAUUCCCCUUUUCCUCCUCUUCCUCAAUUGUUCCUGAAUCAGUGAGCUUUUGUUCCGGCUAUCUGAAUUUGAUGAAUUCACUGCUCAGCUUGAGAGAUUAGCUGCUUUAGGAUUUGGCGACUUUUUCACUGUCACGAUUCAAUGAAUCUAGUGUGCUUCUAGUGGUUUUUGUUCAAUUCAUUGUAGGAUUUGAGAGUUUUGUGCUCUCCUUGAGUUAAGAUGAGUGUGUUGGGGUUUGAUGUCGGAAAUGAUAAGUGCGUCGUUGCUGCUGCAAAGCAGCGGGGCAUUGAUGUUUUGCUUAACGAGGAAUCGAAUCGUGAAACACCAUCUGUUGUCUCAUUUGGUGAGAAGCAACGGUUCUUGGGCUCCGCUGGAGCUGCUUCUGCAACCAUGAAUCCAAAAUCCACAAUCUCUCAGGUGAAGAGGUUGAUUGGUUUGAACUUCAGGCAGCCUGAUGUUCAGAAUGAACUCCGUUUCUUCCCCUUUGAGACUUCAGAGGCUGCUGAUGGUGGAAUUCUGAUCCAUUUGCAAUAUAUGGGGGAGACUCAGAAGUUUACUCCUGUUCAAAUUUUGGCAAUGCUUUUCUCACAUUUGAAACAGAUGGCAGAGAAGAAUCUGGAAAAUCCAGUCUCGGAUUGUGUUAUUGGCAUUCCUUCAUACUUCACUGAUUUGCAAAGACGUGGGUAUUUGAAUGCUGCAGCAAUAGCUGGGUUGAAAACAUUGAGGUUGAUGCAUGACUGUACUGCCACUGCACUUGGUUAUGGGAUUUACAAAACGGAUUUCUCCACUACAGGUCCUUCUUAUGUUGUGUUUGUCGACAUUGGUCAUUGUGACACGCAGGUCUCUGUUGCAGCAUUUGAGGCGGGCCAUAUGAAGAUCGUUUCUCAUGCUUUUGAUAGAAACUUGGGAGGGAGGGAAUUCGAUGAGGUUUUGUUUAGUUAUUUUGCAUCGCAGUUCAAAGAGAAGUAUAAUAUUGAUGUGCAUUCAAAUGUCAGGGCAUCUAUAAGGUUGAGAGCAGCAUGUGAGAAAUUGAAGAAGGUCCUAAGUGCAAAUGCAGAGGCACCACUGAAUAUCGAGUGUUUGAUGGAUGAGAAAGAUGUGAAGAGUUUUAUUAAAAGGGAGGAGUUUGAGAAGCUGUCGUCUGGUUUAUUGGAGAGGAUUACAGUUCCUUGUAAUAGGGCUGUAGCUGAUGCUGGUUUGACUGUGGAUAAGAUCCAUUCAGUUGAGCUUGUGGGGUCGGGGUCUCGGAUACCUGCUAUCACAAGAUCGUUGGCUUCUUUUUUCAGGAGGGAGCCUAGACGGUCGCUGAAUGCAAGUGAGUGUGUGGCCCGUGGAUGUGCUCUUCAGUGUGCAAUGCUCAGCCCAAUAUACCGGGUCAGAGAGUAUGAGGUGCAAGAUUCGUUUCCUUUUUCGAUUGGAUUCUCAUCAGAUGAAGGUCCCAUUUACACAUUAUCAAAUAGCAUAUUAUUUCCAAAAGGGCAAUCCAUUCCAAGUAUUAAAAUGCUUUCAUUUCAUCGAACUCAUACAUUCCACCUUGAAGCAUUUUAUGCUGAUCAAAGUGAAUUGCCUCCUGGUGUUUCUCCAAGAAUUAGCUGUUUCACGAUCGGUCCUUUCCAACUUUCUCAUGCUGAUAAAAGCAAAGUUAAAGUUAGACUCCAAUUAAAUCUUCAUGGGAUUGUUACUGUAGAUUCAGCAUCAUUGUUAGAAGAUCAGAUUGAUGAUCCAAGGACAAGGGAUAACACUCAUUUAAACACCAGAAAUUCGGAGAAUGAGUCUACUUCUGGGUCUUCUGAGGCUGUGGCAAAUGGUACUGAUGGCAUUUCACAUCCUGGGUCUUCAGAUAUGCCUGCUGAUGAUGGAAUGAGAAAGGGCAGGCACUUGCAGAGGCAUGAAAUACCAGUCAGUGAGAAUGUUUAUGGUGGGAUGACCAAGGCUGAGCUCUCAGAAGCUCAUGAGAAAGAACUUCAAUUGGAACAACAGGACAGGAUUAUGGAGCAAACCAAAGAUAAAAAGAAUGCCCUGGAGUCAUACGUCUAUGAAAUCCGCAACAAGAUUUUCCAUACAUAUCGGAGCUUUGCAACUGAUUUAGAGAAGGAAGGGAUCUCCAGAAAUUUACAACAGACAGAAGAGUGGCUUUAUGAUGAUGGAAAUGAUGAAUCUGAAAAGGUCUACACAAGCAAACUGGAGGAUCUUAGGAAGAUGGUGGAUCCUGUUGAAAGCCGUUUUAAAGACGAAGAAACGAGAGCACAGGCUACUAGAGAUCUGUUGCAGUGUAUUGUGGAUCACCGGAUGGCUGCGAGAUCACUUCCACCGAAUGAAAGAGAUGCUGUCAUUAAUGAGUGCAACAAAGCCGAACAGUGGUUACGAGAUAAAAAUCACCAGCAGGAUUUAUUGCCCAAGAAUAUUGACCCAAUAUUAUGGUCGAACGAAAUCGAAAAAGUGACCGAGGCACUUCGCGCGAAUUGCAGACAUAUAUCAAGAGCUAAGUCCUCUCCUCCGAGGUCGGAAAACACCAGGGGACAAGAGCAUCCAAGUACACCUGAUAACAUGCGAACAGAUUGAGGUGGUGUUCUACAGGUCUCAAGAUUCAUAUAAUAUUAUUUUUUGGUCCAUUAUACCUUUACUUUCAUCGCAGUACUUGUUGCAUUCUCUUGAUGAACAAAGCAGUUCAAAUCCUUAAUAUUUAAGGUAGGUGCCAGGUCUUGCUUCU